AGUCAAGAAGGUGGUGGUUGAUGUUUACUGUGAUAGAAGAUCUGAUUUAUCUACUCCUGAAAAUAAAGGUUUCUCACUAGAGGAAUGAAAUCACAAGUUUCCCAGUGACAGAGGACUGCAGGAAGCCCUAGGACUGUGAUGUAUGUCUACCUGAUGAUUUGCUGCCACAAGACAAGGUUCAUUGAGGCCAAAGAGACAACAACUGUGCAUGAGUUGAAAAAGGUGAUGGAGGGAAUACUGAAGAGGCCACUGGAGGAGCAGAGGCUUUACAAAGAUAACCAGCUACUGGAUGAGAUCACAGGACUCUGCUAGACUGGCUUAAGCAGCCGAAGCUGUUGUCCUCAUGUUCCUGCCACAGUGGGCUUGGCUUUAUUCAGACCUAGCAAUGGCACCUUUGAACCAUUGCAUAUUGACCCCUUCUCAAGCACCCCAGAGCUACCUGAUGCUAUGAAGUCACAGGAGUCUGGUAACAGCUCUAGUAAAGCUUUGCAUUAAAAACGGCAUCUCUUGCUUUGCCUCCUGUUGACAGGGUGCUAAUCUUGUCUAGGUCACACACCCUUCUGACUGUGUC